AUGACAACCAAGAACUCUUCUGUGACAGAGUUUAUCCUCGCAGGGUUAACAGACCAGCUGGGACUCCAGAUCCCUCUCUUCUUCCUGUUUUUCUGUUUCUAUGUGGCCACUGUGGUGGGGAACCUGGGCUUGAUUACUCUCACUGGGCUGAACUCUCACCUGCACACACCCAUGUAUUUUUUUCUCUUUAACCUCUCUUUAAUUGAUUUCUGUUAUUCCACGACUAUCACCCCCAAAAUGCUGAUGAGUUUUGUAUCAAAGAAGAACAUCAUCAUGUAUGGAGGGUGUAUGACUCAACUCUUUUUCUUCUGCUUCUUUGUUGUCUCUGAAUCCUUCAUUCUGUCAGCAAUGGCCUAUGACCGCUAUGUCGCCAUCUGUAAACCUUUGGUGUACAUGGUCACCAUGUCUCCUCAGGUCUGUUUACUCCUUUUGUUAGGUGUCUAUGUGAUGGGGUUUUCAGGGGCCAUGGCCCAUACAGGAAACAUAAUAAGUCUGACCUUCUGUGCUGAUAAUCUUGUCAAUCAUUUCAUGUGUGACAUCCUUCCUCUCCUUGAGCUUUCCUGCAACAGCACCUAUGUGAAUGAGCUGGUGGUAUUUAUCUUUGUGGCCAUUGCUAUUGGAAUGCCUAUUGUUACCAUAUUCAUCUCUUAUACUCUAAUACUCUCCAGCAUCUUCCAUAUUCGCUCCUCAGAGGGCAGGUCCAAAGCUUUCAGUACCUGCAGUUCCCACAUAAUUGUGGUUUCUCUUUUCUUUGGUUCUGGGGCUUUCAUGUAUCUCAAACCACCUUCCAUUUUGCCUCUUGACCAAGGAAAAGUGUCCUCCUUGUUCUAUACCAUUGUUGUGCCCAUGUUAAACCCAUUAAUCUAUAGCUUGAGGAAUAAAGAUGUCAAAAUUGCCCUGAGGAAAACCUUGAGAAGACAAACAUUUUCUUGA